GAGGCUAUCAGAUAUGGGAGCGAGCUGUAUCCAAAUUUCAGUCAUAUUCAGCGCGAGAGCCAGAUCGCAACUGAAGCGGAGAAUAGCUGCCUCUCUCACUGUUCGCCGUUUUGACAGUUGUCUUUGGCGCGUUGGGUGAGCAAGAUAAAACACAGAUGUACUAAGAGCAAUCACAACAAAGAAAACAAGAAAAGUGUGGAUAAAACAAACAUAUGUAAUUAGAUAAUAAUGAACAUAGAACAGCAACAGCAACAGCACCAAACGAGCAACAGCAACAAAUGCGACAGCGACAAAUGUCAAAAGGUUAAAAGAUUUGUGAUCAUCGCACUGCUGAUCACCAUUGGAAUUUUAAGCUGGCAUUUCUAUGAGUAUUUCCAUAGCAAGCCACUGCCCAAGACGCCAGACGAUGUGCUGUCAUUAUCCCAGGCCCUCUUCGCCGAGGAAUCCGCGGCCAGUGAGUACCUCUUCAAGGUGAAUUUACAGGGUAAAACCAGUUCUGGCGCACGUGAUGAUCGCGCAGCACAACCUCUCUUUGAACUGCACAACGAUCUGCUGGCCAGAAAUGGCAACUCCACAACGGCGCUCUUGCAACGCCUCUUUAACAACUACGAGCUGGAUGUGGGCGUGGCAGAACAGAUUACGGCCGAUCAUGAACAGGAGCAACUGGACUUUCUCCGUGCUGUGAUGAACACGCGCGUCAUGAAACUCUCUAUGCGCUUUCUUGAGCGUAAGGAUAUUGUCAGUGGCGACUAUGAUGAUCAGCUGAAGUUACUUCAGGAUCUUUGGUUCACACCUUAUUCCCGUGGAAAAGGUAUUGUAGGCAGCUCCAGUUUUGAGCAUGUUUUCCUGGCGGAACUUCGAGAACAUUCAGUGCUUGGUCUACACAAUUGGUUGUACUUUGCCGAGCAAGAGCAGCAGGGUCACGUGGACUACAAGGGUUGGAUAAAGCGCGCUGACACGGGCAGGCCUAAUCAAUAUGCGCUAACGAUUCGGUUCAGUUUAUUUGGUAUACAAAAGCCUUAUGGUGGAUUUUUGGUUGGCACAUCGCCAGAGCUGGAUAUGAGUCUAUUUACGGUGUGCUUUUUAGUCACCCCCGAAAAGGAGCCCUGCGAAAUACAGUUGGGCACCGCGAAAUUGUCAGUUGUUUCGCAUGUGUGGAACUGGAAUAACAAGCGACUUAUAGCUUCCGCCUAUGUCGAAAUUCCUUAAGGCCAAUC